GAUUGUAUUAUCCAUCACCGCUGUGUAGUGUGCUCUUCAUUGAUCGAAGUGAGGUUUCUCGUGCGUUGUAUUUCCUGUAACCUGUCUGUGACUCCACUGUUAGCAACUUCACGUGUCCUGAAGUACCUCAUCAAAGGUUCUGCCGCUAUGUCUGAAAAAACGGAGGUUGAUUUAACCGGAGCUAAGCAAAACACCGGUGUAUGGCUAGUAAAGGUUCCCAAGUACUUGGCCCAGCAGUGGGCCAAAGCAUCCGGAAAAGGAGAAAUUGGAAAGCUCAAGAUUGUAAAGAAACAAGGAAAAGCAGAUGUGUCGUUCACCCUGAAUGAGGACCUAACCAGCCUGUCUGCCCUGGGAGAGAAAGCAGUGUCUGUACGAGCUCCCCGGGACCACCCAUUCACCAUGCAUAGUGUGGGGGGGCAGACCCUGGCUGUGUUCACUGAAACCUCUGCAGAUAAGAUCAGUCUGGAGGGCAUGGUGGUACAGAGAGCGGAGUGCAGACCAGCCGGCAAUGAAAACUAUAUGAAACUGAAGAAAUUACAGAUUGAGGUGUCUACCAAGCCCCAGCGACUGACCGAGCAGAUGGACAGGGCUGUCACUAACAACUUCAAGCCUGUAGCCAACCAUGUUAAUAACGUGGAGUAUGAGAAGAAGAAGAGGGCUGAAGGUAGGAUGGUGAGGGCAGACAGACAGCAGGUGAUGGACAUGCUCUUCUCUGCCUUUGAGAAACACCAGUACUACAACAUCAAAGACCUGGUGGAGGUCACCAAGCAACCUGUGACCUACUUGAAGGAGAUCCUGAGGGAGAUAGGAGUGUACAACACUAAAGGGACGCACAAGAGUACAUGGGAACUGAAGCCAGAGUACCGCCACUACCAGGGAGGAGAGGAGGAGAUAAAGGGUGACUAGCCCAGAACAGAGCACCCUGUCUGGGAUACAGACAUUGACCUGAGGGCCUACCAUCACAGAAGUCUUUGUUCUUUUGUCUUUCACUUUAUCUAAAACUGAUACCCAAAACUACAUGAUCACAAAGGGUCUACCUUUUAUCAGCUGUUGGUAGGAUGGUGUGUGGGGAUCUUGCACUAUGAACCAGACUGUGUGAAACACUUGCCUUAAAGCAACACUCUUUUGGAUGGGUUCUUUUUUAUGUUGUUUGGUGCAGCUUAUAGAAAUUGUCAUGUUUUUUUUCUUCACUCUACUUACAGAAGCUGAAACUUUGCACUAUCAUUUGUAAAUCAUUUAUAAAAUAAUGUAACUACCGGUUUGGAAUAUUUUACAUUUUCUUUCAAUGAAUGUGACAGAACAAGCUUUUGAGGUAAACUACACAUAUAUACAUGCAUACAUGUAUAUGUAUGCAUACGGAAGAGCUGACUUUUUAAAAACGUGGCACCGUCAUAGGAUGCCACCUUUCCAACAAGUCAGUUUGUCAAAUUUGCAGCUGCACAUGAGCCUAAGGUCACCAUGUGGAAUACCAAAGCGUCGGCUGGAGUGGUGUAAAGCUAGCCGCCAUUGGACUCUGGAGCAAUAGAAAUGUGUUUUCUGGAGUGAUGAAUCACGCUUCACCAUUUGGUAGUCCGACAGACGAAUCUGGGUUUGGUGGAUGCUAGAACGCUAUCUGCUCCAGUGCAUAGUGUCAACUGUAAAGUUUGGUGGAUGAGGAAUAAUGGUCUGGGGCUGUUGUUCAUGGUUUGGGCUAGGCCCCUUAGUUCCAGUCACAGGUAAUCUUAACGCUACAGAAUACAAUUACAUUCUAUAAGAUUCUCUGCUUCCAACUUUGUGGCAACAGUUUGGGGAAGGCCCUUUCCUGUUUCAGCAUGACAAUGCCUUAUGUGCACAAAGCGAGGUCCAUAAAGAAAUGGUUUGUCGAGAUUUUUGUGGAAGAACAUGACUGGCCUGCACAGAGCUCUGACCUCAACCCCAUUGAACACAUUUAGGAUGAAUUGGAAUGCUGACUGCGAGUCAGACCUAGUUGCCCAACAUCAGUGCCUGACCGCAAUAAAGCUUUUGGCUGAAUGGAAGCAAGUCCCUACAGCAAUGUUCCAACAUCUAGUGAAAAGUCUUCCCAGAAGAGUGGAGGCUGUUAUAGCAGCAAAGGGGGGACCAACUCCUUAAUAAUGCCCAUGAUUUU